UGGAAGGAAGGAAGGAAAGAAUUAACUCAGACCAGGAUUGGUUCUUGUGUUAAGAGAUAUCCCUGAGUGAAAGAAAUGACAGUGAUUUCCCUUGCAGUCCUGUUCAGUUUGAUCUGCUGCAGCUGCACAGGUCAUCCAGCUCCCAAGCCCACCAUCCAGCCUCAGAAGCCACUGGUGAAACGUGGAGGCACCAUUCAACUGAUCUGUUCUAUGGAUUGUCCUGGUGCAGAAGUGCAGUGGGAAGGCCUGGACACUGACUUGGGGAACAUCGUUUCUAACCACACAAAGAGCAUCCUAACGCUGACCAAUGCAACCAUUAACCUGGAGGGGACAAAGAUGUGCUCAGGACGGUGCCAUGGGACAUCCUCUCAGGAAAAGGUGGAGCUGAAUGUAUAUUCUUUUCCAGACACUUUGCGGUUGGACUCCCAGCCCAAGACGCUGACUGCUGGGCAGCCUGCUCGCUUGUUCUGUUCCAUGAGCCACGUGUACCCUCAUGGUGCCUUUACGAUGAGUUGGUUCCAGGGAGAUGAGCAACUACAGGCAUCAAAGGAGACAGAGGAGGAGGAAAUGGAGGACGCACAAGACCAGCUGUUUGUCUAUCACUCCGAACUGGAGCUCCCAACUGUUGCAGAAGAUGUAGUCUACAAAUGCAAGGCAACUUUGGAGAUUGAGCAACAGACAUUUGUCCAAGAAACAGUUGCCAUCACCAUCGCCAGCCCCAAAUCUACACAGGAGAUUCUCAGUGCUACAGGGAGCCCCAUCCUUUCUCUCACAUCUGGAAGGACAAGCCAAACAGCUGUUCCAGAGCUACCAACCACAGCUGGCUGGAAGUCGUCAUUUGGGACAACCACUAGCCUUCUCCCUCUUGUUUCCACCAAGCAUCCCACGUCUGGGGCAUCUGUGAUUACAGUGACAGCCACCCCCACGCUGGAAUCCCUAACCACAGAUAACAGCUCCAUCACAGUGAUGAGCAACUCCACUGGAUCUUCUUACCCAACAGACCAAGAAUUUACUACCAAGCCUCUUUCCACAAGCAACUAUUUCCUGACAGAAGCGGCCAUGAAAAAACCAAGAGACCCCUGCCACCCCAUUAUCGUACCUAUGCCUGCCCAAGGAAUCAUGGGAGACGCCCUUCGCGUUACAUGCCAGACAACAGAGUGCAGCAAAGACAUCCAAAUCCAGUGGGUGGAAACCCCAGUGGCCCAAUCACAGUACCGUCUGGAGGAAGCUGAGGGCCAGUCGACCCUGAUGGUUGAAAGUGUCAGCUUGGAGCACCAGGGUGUCUACCGAUGUGUUGUGAUUGCCAGCCAACCCCAAAUAGCGAGCUUACAUGUCUUCGUGUCUGAUGCCCCUUUCAACAGAGAUUCCCUGUUCAUCAUCGGAGCCACUGCAUCCCUCUUAGGGCUGAUCAUCGCAGGCUACGCCUCACAUCGCUGGCGGCGGCGGUGGCAGCAGUGAACAAGCAAAGGGCCAAAAGCUCCUGUCCGUCUCCUUGGCUAGGCCCUCUCUGCCCCUUGGACAUCUGGCCAGGCCGUGAAAAACUAUUCUCUGGCAUUUGGGAAAGGCCUUCAAGGGCUCUCCAGCGACCAAGAGGGGCUUCGCAGACACGUUGCCAGGAUUUUCUGCACUUGUCAUGGUCACAGAUUUGGACACGGAAGGCCUGUUUUCGAGCCCCUGCUCAGGGGGGAAGGUCAUUCGCCCACUGGCGAGGCAUGAGCCAUCCCCCGCAGAAUUGGCAGCUGGAUCUGUCUCCAACUUCUAUGUGAACUCAGUGGAACUCUAGGUUUGAGUUUGGGAUGGACCUGCAAAGCUGCCUGAUCAGCUGCUACAGUUUUGAACACUGAAGGGAGAGUAAAUCAAAUGCUGUUCUCUCCCUCUCUUUCUGCACAUCCUGAACCUACAACAGCCUUUCCUCAAAUAUGCACUUUCUGAAAAUGGCAGGGUUUCUUCACAUCCAGCCAGCAGGAAGCUUGUUUCAGGGAAGGGCUAGGUUUAUCUUUGGGGCUGGUGAGCAUAUUGGGAAUGUCGAGAACCUGAUGUGGGUGUUCUCACCAAAUGGCUAUGGGGCCUAUCACACAAUGUUGAUUUCCCAGGUGAGACUGGUGGUGGCCAUCACCACUAGAUGCCCUCUACCAUCCCUGCUUACCUUUCUGUGUUGUUGCAGGUACACCUGAGUGAGUCCCAGUCAGGGAUUCUAACAAUUUCAUUGCUUGGUGAGAUGUAACAAUGAGAAGCUCCUGUUUUGUUCUUGUUCCCAGCAUUAGAACUGCAGCUGGUUAAUAAAAAUAAAGCCAACUGCAAGCUUCUUAAGGAAAAGUCCCACUCCCUCCCCAGAUGCCAGAAAGACUGUUAGAAAAGACAUCAGAAGGUCUCACUUUAACAUACAUGGGGAUAAAUUGGUUCUAAAGGGGAACUAGUUCAGUUGAUGGAAUUCUUGUAAUACCCUCCCUUUUCUCUCAGUAAGUCUUGCUAAAGAAAACUCUGCGAGAAUCCUGCUAGCAAAAACACACUUUUGCUUCUGGGCACAUGCCAGAAAGGUUGCCAGCCAGGGCAGGGGUGGCUAGGAAUGCGGAGACUCCGGAAUCCAUCAGGCCAAUCCUGACCUCUGCUUAGGCUGCCUUGCAGGGUGUUUGUGAGACUAUAAAAGCAACGGAAAGGACAGAGCCACCUGCAACGCUGAGCAACCUUAACCCAGUAUUUUAUGAAAUGCUAGCUGGGGUGAUAUGCAAGAGAUCUCUACAGAACCGGAGGGCACCCCAUCCCGUCUCUCUCAAUAAAUCUUGCUAAAGAGACUUGGACUUGAAAAAGAAUCACUUUCCCUUUAAGGGAGUUGCCAAAGAGCCAGACAGCUGGUGGGAUCUAGAACAUCUGUCAGAAUGACCGUAUUUCCUCUUCAGCUUUUCCCUCAUCUAGAAUUGUGCUGUAGGUGAUUGAUUAUGUGCCAUUAAAUUAUU